CAAAGCGGAAAGUAGGGCACUACGUGUCGGAAAAGCGGGCAUUUGGAAGGCGUCUUGGUCGUCGCGGUGCCGGAGCGAGUCGAGGGUGCUAAGCCAGCUGCAGUGUCCCUGUCCCGUAAUGUCCUUUUCGCGAUGUCUACGGCUUCUAAAGUAGUUCUCGGGUUAUCCGUAGUACUGACUGUGGGCACCGUGGCUGGAGUGCACUUCAAGCAGAAUUGGGAGAGACAGAGGCUGCGAGAGGGGGUGCUGCGAGAUCUGGAGCGUGUGGAGAGGAAGCGUGAGAACCAGCGAGCCCUCGAGGAGCAGAUCCGCUUGACAAAAGACUUUGUGGCACGCAGAGAGCAGCAGGACGCUGCCGAGACGCCCAGUGGCGCUCAGGGUUCCUGA